CGGCGGGGGGAGGCGGCCGGCACAGACGCCGAAGCUCCGCCGCCCACCCCCCGGCAGCGCCGCAGUCCGCCCAGCGCCGGCAGCCCCGGGAGAUGGUGACACAUGAAGCGUGCGGGAAGGACCAUGGUUGAGAGGACCAGCAAGUUCUUGCUGAUCGUGGCCGUCUCCGUGUGCUUCAUGCUCAUCCUGUACCAGUACGUGGGGCCGGGGCUGAGCCUGGGUUCCCCCAGCGGCCGCUCCUACUCGGAGGAGCUGGACCUCUUUCCCACGCCGGACCCGCACUACGUGAAGAAGUAUUACUUCCCCGUGCGGGAGCUGGAGCGGGAGCUCGCGUUCGACAUGAAGGGCGAGGACGUGAUCGUCUUUCUGCACAUCCAGAAGACCGGCGGCACCACCUUCGGCCGCCACCUGGUGCAGAACGUGCGGCUGGAGGUGCCCUGCGACUGCCGGCCCGGGCAGAAGAAGUGCACCUGCUACCGGCCCAACCGCAGGGAGACCUGGCUCUUCUCUCGCUUCUCCACGGGCUGGAGCUGCGGGCUGCACGCCGACUGGACCGAGCUCACCAACUGCGUGCCCGGCGUGCUGGACCGCCGGGAGAGCGCCGCGGCCAAGACGCCCAGAAAAUUUUACUACAUCACACUGCUGAGAGACCCCGUAUCUCGUUACCUCAGCGAAUGGCGUCACGUCCAACGAGGAGCUACUUGGAAGACCUCCUUGCACAUGUGUGACGGCAGGACACCGACUCCUGAAGAGCUGCCCUCGUGCUACGAGGGCACAGACUGGUCGGGCUGCACGCUGCAGGAGUUCAUGGACUGCCCGUACAAUUUGGCCAACAACCGCCAAGUGAGGAUGUUGGCCGACUUGAGCUUGGUGGGCUGCUACAAUAUGUCCUUCAUCCCGGAGAACAAGCGAGCGCAGAUCCUGCUGGAGAGCGCCAAAAAAAACCUCAAGGACAUGGCCUUCUUCGGCCUGACAGAGUUCCAGAGAAAGACUCAGUACCUGUUUGAGAGGACUUUUAACCUGAAGUUCAUCCGGCCCUUCAUGCAGUACAACAGCACGCGGGCGGGCGGGGUGGAGGUGGACAACGACACCAUCCGCAGGAUCGAGGAGCUCAAUGACUUGGACAUGCAGCUCUAUGACUAUGCAAAGGACCUCUUCCAACAGCGCUACCAGUACAAACGGCAGCUGGAGAGGAUGGAGCAGAGGAUAAAGAACCGGGAGGAGAGGCUCCUUCACCGGUCCAACGAAGCGCUUCCCAAGGAAGAGACCGAGGAGCAAGGACGCUUGCCCACUGAGGACUACAUGAGCCAUAUCAUAGAGAAGUGGUAGCCUAGGCAGACUUUUAUAUUGAUGACGUUCUAGGGUUUCCAUAUAAGAGGUCGUGGAAGUAAAAUUGCAAAAAAAAAAAAAAAAAACCCCACAAAAAAAACUAAAAAAAAAAAAAAAAAAAACCACCUGACAAAAAAUAUUUUAUUUAAAAACAAGUCUGUAAAACAGAAGAUAGAUUGCUUCCUUAAGCAUAGGGUCUUUUUACUGUUUCUUACAAGACCGAUGAGAUUCUUAAAAAAACCAAUAAAUUCAUAAAAAUAAAAAAAGGGUCAGCAUUCUAAUGCAGAGAUAAAAAAAUGCACAAAUGCAGUUACCCACUCGUAAGGCCAGAUACAGAAGAAUGUUUCUUAUCCUCACAAUUGUAACACAAAUGGCAGAAGUAGGAUUUUUAAAAAUCUGUUUAUCCCCUGAGCGUAAUGAUCUAAAGAUGCAUAAUUUAAAAACGAGGAAACAGAGGUUUUCUUUUGUGGGGGAGGUGGGAUGGAAAUUGCAUUGUUUGUCAGUAACUGUUGAUGGUGACUAAGUUGAGGAUGGGCCAUCCUGUCAGGCUGGGAUCUGAGCACACAGACAGUCACAGCAUUUCAGCUGCGAGAAAGUAGAACACCACGAGCACCGUAAAGAAAAAAAGAGAAGAAAACCAGUCAGAGGAUGAGAAACAUUAAAGCGAAUUGACUAUGGCCUGGGAAAUGUACUUAGCACAGUGGUUCUGAUUCAUUGCACUGGUAUCACAUAUGCAUACGCAGCUUCAUCACAAAAAUAAUUGGGAAUUCUUACACAAAACUCCCAGAUUUGUUUCCCAGACAGGUCCCAAAAGAAGAUAAAAGCCAACCAUGGACUCAAACCUGCACUCACAUGUUCUCCUGCCAGCUUACACCACUACCACGCAAGCCACCAUCAGUGUUGUGUGUUAACAGCACACAAAAACCUUAUCCUACGUACUACCAAAAAAAAAAAAAAAAAAAAAGAAAAGAAAAGAAAAAAAAAAAGGAAGAAAAAUUUGAAUGGUCCUUCAUAAAUCCGCACAAAAUUCAGGCCCUGCAAAUGAUAGGUCAUUGAUGGCAAUGUGGCGAGGGGGUGAUUUUGUUUUGUUUGUUGCUCUGUGAAAUUGUGACCCAGAAUAAGCAUACAGACGUACUCUAGCUGUAUUAUUUCAGUUAUUUUUACUUGCUUUUAUCAAGAGGUAAUGGGCAUUAGCCUGCUUCCAGUGAAGUCACUAGAACUGAUUUAAGUGGGAACAGGAUGGGGCUCUCUUCCAGAGCUGUGAAAAUUUCUGACUAUGGGUCUGAAUUAAUUAUGAGACAGUGCACAUUGUCUUUUGGCAGGGUGCCUGUCCUGCGGCCCUUACUUUAAAUGAACAAGCUGUGUUCAUAAAAGUGGAAAGGGGAAUCAUGGAUAAUGUUUUUCUAGUCUCAGACCACUCUCAAAGCAGAACUCUUUCUCUUUCAAUGCUGUUUUUUAGGGCCUCAUGUAAGUUUAAUCCUCCAGUGUGGGGACGGUCUAACCAGGUUCUGCUUACUGACUUGUGAGUCACAGAACAACAAUGACUUCUCUAAUUCCUCUUCCCACUCGCCAAAUUAAAAUAUGGCUUAUUUUUUUGCUGUUGCAAGCACUUCUUUGUUUGGCUGGAAGCAGGGAAAUGAAGUCGUUUUUGCCUGCUUCGUUUCUCCCUCCGUUAUUACUCAGCCUGUAAGACCUGAACCAGCUCUUGUUUAGGGUAAACUCUGAACCAAAUGGAGUAUGAUUUGAUUUUCAAAGGCCAUGUUAACUGCAAAUCAAAUAUGGCAUUGAAACCAUUGGAGGAGAGGCAGAGAGCUGAUGCACUCAACUUUAGCAUGUCAUUUUUUCAGCAUCCCUUUCCCAUCACACAAAUCCACUGAUGUGCCGCUUGGUUUGUAUUUUAAUUCUUUCUCUGCCUCUCUGCACUGUUUCCAGCGGUUUCAAGUUUAGACUGAGUUUUGCAAAGGAGGGGCUUCUUUGUUCUCCUGUGCACACCCUGGGGGCUACACCUUGCUUUUGGAGACACUCCCGAAGAGCAAAGACAACUAAAAACUUGAGAAGAGAAAUUACAAAGAGCACUUAGGGCUCAAAUACAAUUCUGUUACAGCCCUGAGCCAAAGUCCACUGGAGUCAGAGGAUGUCCUUCCUGUUGAUUUCAGGUGGAUUUUGGUCAGGUGUGCAUCCUGCUGCUGCAAAGUGCACAGCACACGCCUGUCUGCAGGCACAGCGUGAUUUUGUCACCCACACAUUUGGCUGGCACCAGUAUGUGCUGGUGCUCUCCAUGUCUUUAAGGCUGUGUCAGUGCUUCUGCCACGGAAUGGCUGCUCUUCCCAGAAAUGUGUAGCAUUUCCUCCUGGAUGAAAAUUGGGAAGCAGUGUUUGAUGGUUGGCUUGGGGGCAGAGAAGGAAUUACAAGUGCGUUUGCUCAUCUCUGAAUUCCAAAACUGGGAGAAGCUCUGUCUGCUAGGUGCCAGCACUUUCACGUUUUGCUGUAACUAAAGAAAACAUCUGUAUUUUAAAAAUGCAGCUUUACAGGCUGUUUGCCCACAAAACCAGCACACCAGAUAUAAAACGCAACAGUUGUAUGUGCACAGUUUCCACUUUUCCCCACAAGCUUUCCAGGGGGUGUUUGUCCUGUGCCAUGGAUCCAUAACGCACAAGUGGUUCCUGCAGCUAAUCCCUGUUUGCGUCGCACUGCUGGGACUGUGUGUGAUUCACACCAGAAUUGUGAUUAGGCUCUGUCUGCCUGAGCUGUUCCUGUGUUGCAGGCUCUGAGUAACCAGCUGGAUGUUAAUAAAUCUGUCUGCAGGGUUGUCUAAAUCAGAAGCAGCCUCUGACCUUAGAAGCAUGCCAGUAAAAGACCUUGUUCCAACAUUUUCUUUGUAAUGUAUUGCAGUAACAAGCAGAAGAAAUGAAAUUAUAUUGAAAACUGUCUUUGGUUCACAGUUUCAUUUCAGCCACAAAAGGAGGGCUGUCCUCACUUAGUGGUGAGGCAGAAGUUUCUAGAUUUAAAUCCUGCACCCAGGAAACGCCUCAGUUUUUCCACCUCUGCACUGGGAGUAACAAAUUUAUGGACUCUAAAAGGGUGCUCCAAGGUAUGGAAAGUGUAGGGCACUUUGGAACAGAUUCUGAGUAAUGGAAGUGAACAGAAUCACCCAAAAGCCAUCCCUCGCCCCGGCUGCUGUGCUGGUCUGCUUCUGGCUGUAAGCCAUGUGUUAAUUUAUUUGAAGUGCUGUGUACCAGAACAUGGGUUGCAGGACAUACCUGGCACUGUCUUCUUCCUUUAGUGGCUGCGAGGGAACUUUUUUAACAUAAUGUGAAUGUAGUUUUUGGUGAUUUCUACGUACCACACUUUGAAGUGGUACUAUUUCUUUUCUUUUUAGGACUGAUAUUUUGAUGCUACAAUAACAUGAAAAGUGUGUGCGUAGUUUUAAAAUGAUUGGAGAGCAACAGCUUUAAGGCACUCUGGCAGAAAGUAGUGGCCAGAUAGUAGAUUCUUGUUCCGUAUCUGCCCCUUCCUUCCAAAAUGUUUUUCCUGUGACUUCCAGACACACCAAGACCUUCUUCAGUUCAUGAAGUAUUUUUUCAGGGGAUCUGUCAGUGCAUCAUGAUCCAGGUCAGGUUAGGAGAUUGGACUUGUCUCUUAGGGACUUGGUGACUUCUUAGGGUAAGAAGUUGCUUUUAGUCACCUAAACAGUGUAAACAUCACUGCUUGGUGGGUGUUGUUGCUGAAGAAAACAUUUUCUUGCUGGUUUGUCUCAUCCUAGUUAGCUCUGUCAAAGGAAUUUGCUUUCCAGACAGUCGGGUGCCACCUUGUACCCUAUCCAGGUCACAAAAUGCAGGAUUGGCUGGUAAGGUUGACAGCCCAGGCUGUACAGGAUUUUAAAAAAAAAAAAAAAAAAAAAAAAAAAAAAAAACAUAUAAAAAAGAAAGUCAGAAAAGGAUUAGUGUGAAUUUCUGGCUUGUCUGGAUUUGCCCAACAUUUUGGAAUAGAGGAGGAGCACUUCAGUUGAAGUUUUUGCACCCCACAGUCCCUUACUUGCUUACAAAACCGGGAUGACAAUGAAAGCAGCAUGAGAAAGAUUCCUGUAAGGUUUUGAGUCCUCUCUCCCAGGGCUGUCCUGUUGGAGCAAGAAAGAGCAGUGCAGUUGCUGAGAGUGUGACCAAGGCAGGACAAUUAGGAGGUUUUCCCUCUGAGCCCAUCGAGUCACUUCACAGCGGGCAGUGGACAGCUGUAGAAGGUGAUGACAAGAGCACAGGGCCCGACUGAGCUUCAUAUCUUGGGCUUAAAAGCAUCUCCAGUGUCUUACUGGUGUUCAGAGCUCCCCAGAGCCCCCCCUAUCCCACAGACUUUGCCAGCCAUCACAAGAAAGGGGCACUGCAGGAGUUCACCCCCCAAACUGUGCUUAAGGCUGUAUUCCCAGAGCUAUGGCUCGGCAUGCAGCUGACCCUGCUGGAUUCAAAUCGCAGGGCUGGCUGUGUUCUCUCCUCAUUCUUGUUUUCACUUGCACUACCGCUAGCAGAUGGUGUUCCAGGGGCAGAGUGAGCAGGGGAUUGGCUGCCUGAUCAGGAGAAUUCCAAGCCCCUAGAGCACAGGUGAGUAGUAGCAGCUCAGGUGAGCCAGGGCACACAGCCCCAGCUGUCCACGGCUGUUUGUUUUAACCCAGCCACAAGAAUUUGCCCAGGUGAACGCAGCCCUGAUGAGCACAUGGGUGUUAAAGCCUGCGUUGUCCCAGCUCUGUAAUUCUUAGCCGUGCAGGCUGAAAAAAAAAACCAAGAUUUUCGAAUGAGUCUCUAUCUCCUCAGAGCCCCACAAUGCCCCCUCCCUGUUCAGCUCCCCCAGGUGUCAAUUCUGGAAACUGGAUUGAGAGAGUUGUAGUAUAAUGAAUGAUUUUGUAUUCAAAAGGUUUACUGAGCAUGAUUUGUUUUGUACAUAUUGGAAUAUGAUUUAACUUAUUUUUUAUUGCCCCUCUUAAUUUUUUUUUCCAUAAGAAGACAAAAUCCCCAUCCUCUCUCAAUGUGAAGUUCCUCUGUGUUUAUGUGUAGUCUGCCAGUCAAAAAUGCAACAGGCAGAGGAUUUCUCACCGUCCCUACAGCUAUCUGAUUUUGGUUUUCAUUGUCAUUUCUAUUCAUCUGGGACUUUGCUUAUGUUGUCUCUUCUUUCCUCUCUGCUGCACAGUUUGCACAGGGCAGGAAAAGGACAAUGCAGGCAGGGUUUUCUUUUUCUUCCUCUCCCCUUUCCUGUGUGCUUUACUUACUGAGGAACUCAGUUCCUGGAGGAGUCGUGUGACUGAGGGUAAAAAAAUACAACUGUCCCCCCGCCUGCCUUCCAUCGUCCAUUCUGUAGAUCAGACAGAUUCAGCUUCUCUGAAAUUGAUUGUGGCUGGACUCAUUCCACUGGGCUGAAUGUGUAUGGUUUGCACUUUCCCCCCACACUUCAGGAACUUAAAAACAACAAAAAAUAAAAGGCAACUGUUUAACUUGAGCCGAGUAACACUUAAAGCUUUAUAUAUUUAUUUAUAGCAUCUUACAAAAAGUGUUAAAAGGGUUUGUUUUUUUUUCUUCCACAAGAAAAAUAAAAUUUUAAAAAAUCAUCUAAUUGUUUUUUGUCUAGAUCAAGGAUGAAUGUUAGCAGAUGAAAUAAACCCUAAAACUGAG